AUGGUUCAAGGUACCCGCAAUCUUCCCCCCCUCACGGUUCCCCGGUAUCUAACAAAAACAAACGGACCUCCCGCCAACCGGUGGCUACGCCCCAAUUCAAUACAAACGCAAUAUCCCUGCCAGGGGCCUCCGUCCGGCGUAUUACCUCGCCGGCGUCCUGGGAAUCUGCACAUUCGGAUUUUACAAGUGGGCCCAGAGCUCUCGAGAGCUACAGUUGCUUCUCUCCCCUCCCUCCCCCUUCUCCCCAAAUUGCACGAUUAACGUAUUACGGUAGUGAACUCGCCCGCGAGAAAGUCUGGGCAAGACUCCAUUUAAUCCCGUUACUCGAGGCGGAGAACGAUCGCGAUCUGGUCCGCAGACAGAUUGCUGAAGCGGAGCGUGAAAGGGCACUUAUGGGCGAUGUUAAAGGGUGGAAGAUGGGGAGCGUGUAUAACUCGAAUAGGGUCAUUAAGCCCAGGUACGGGUACGGGCCUGAUGAGGAGUUGCAGGAGAAGCCUGCUUAG